AUGUUGGGAUUGGACGCCGACCAGUUGCGAGCCGACAUGAACCGUUUGCUCGCUUUUCUCUUCCACCAGGGGAUACUGGACGAGCAAUUCUUACAACUUCAACAGCUUCAAGAUGAAAAUUCUCCCAAUUUCGUGUCAGAAGUUGUGAACAUAUACUUCCAUGAAUCUGAGAAGCUUUUGAGAAACCUCAGAUCACUACUGACGAUGGAUAGAGAGCUGUUGAGUUUCGACAAAAUUGGAAUCCACUUGAAUCAGUUCAUAGGCAGCAGUUCAAGCAUAGGUGCUCAAAGAGUGAGAAACAUUUGUGUCGCCUUCCGUGCGGCUUCCGAUAACAACAAUCGUACUGGGUGCCUGAGAUCUUUGGAGGUCUUGGAACAUGAGCAUUGCAUCCUCAAGAAUAAAUUACACGAGCUUUUCCAGAUAGAGCAGCAAAUAUUACUAGCAGCCGCAGUUAGGUACCCAGUGCUGAACUAA